CCGGGGUUACUUUAUGGCUGUUAACUUUCUCGAGGUCUGAGUAGGUGGCUAGGUUGUCUGUGGUGGCUGCUUCUACUGCGCAGAAAUGAGGCAGAAGCGGAAAGGAGAUCUCAGCCCUGCUGAGCUGAUGAUGCUGACCAUAGGAGAUGUUAUUAAGCAACUGGUUGAAGCCCAUGAACAGGGAAAAGACAUUGAUCUAAAUAAGGUGAAAACCAGGACAGCUGCCAAAUACGGCCUUUCAGCACAGCCCCGUCUGGUGGAUAUAAUUGCUGCAGUCCCACCUCAGUAUCGAAAAGUCUUGGUCCCCAAGUUAAAGGCAAAACCCAUCAGAACUGCCAGUGGGAUUGCUGUUGUAGCUGUCAUGUGCAAACCCCACAGAUGCCCACACAUCAGUUUUACAGGAAAUAUAUGUGUUUACUGCCCUGGUGGACCUGAUUCAGAUUUUGAAUAUUCAACUCAGUCUUAUACUGGAUAUGAGCCAACCUCCAUGCGAGCUAUACGUGCCAGAUAUGACCCUUAUUUACAGACGAGACACCGAAUAGAACAGUUAAAACAACUUGGACACAGUGUGGAUAAAGUCGAGUUUAUUGUGAUGGGUGGAACGUUCAUGGCCCUUCCAGAAGAAUACAGAGAUUAUUUCAUUCGAAAUUUACAUGAUGCCUUAUCAGGACAUACUUCCAACAAUAUUUACGAGGCAGUCAAGUAUUCUGAGAGAAGUCUCACAAAGUGUAUUGGAAUUACUAUUGAGACCAGACCAGAUUAUUGCAUGAAACGGCAUUUAAGUGACAUGUUGACCUAUGGCUGCACGAGGUUGGAGAUUGGAGUACAGAGUGUGUAUGAAGAUGUGGCCAGAGAUACCAACAGGGGCCACACUGUAAAGGCAGUAUGUGAGUCAUUUCACCUGGCCAAAGAUUCUGGUUUCAAAGUUGUAGCUCAUAUGAUGCCUGAUCUGCCAAAUGUGGGACUAGAAAGAGACAUUGAACAGUUUACAGUAAGUUUUUUUGAGAACCCUGCUUUUCGUCCUGAUGGUUUGAAACUCUACCCUACCCUGGUGAUUCGUGGAACUGGGCUUUAUGAGCUAUGGAAAUCAGGAAGAUAUAAGAGUUAUUCUCCUAGUGACCUGGUAGAAUUGGUGGCUCGGAUCCUAGCCCUCGUACCUCCAUGGACUCGAGUGUACAGAGUACAGAGAGAUAUUCCAAUGCCCUUAGUCAGCUCAGGAGUAGAACACGGAAAUUUGAGAGAACUGGCAUUUGCAAGAAUGAAAGACCUUGGAAUACAGUGUCGAGAUGUGAGAACCAGAGAGGUUGGAAUCCAAGAAAUUCAUCACAAAGUACGACCAUACCAGGUUGAAUUGGUAAGGAGAGAUUAUGUUGCAAAUGGUGGCUGGGAAACAUUCUUGUCAUAUGAAGACCCAGAUCAAGACAUUUUGAUUGGCCUCCUACGAUUACGAAAGUGUUCAGAAGAAACCUUCCGUUUUGAACUGGGUGGAGGUGUUUCCAUAGUCCGAGAGCUACAUGUGUAUGGAAGUGUAGUCCCUGUGAAUAGUAGAGAUCCUACUAAAUUUCAGCAUCAGGGAUUUGGCAUGCUGCUGAUGGAGGAAGCAGAAAGAAUUGCUAGAGAAGAACAUGGAUCUGGGAAAAUAGCUGUUAUUUCAGGAGUCGGCACCAGGAAUUAUUACAGAAAGAUUGGCUACAGGUUACAAGGGCCAUAUAUGGUAAAGAUGCUAAAAUAAUGGCCACAUCAUUUCAACUUUAUGCAGUAUCUUCCCUGGCAUAAAAUAAAGAUUCAAGAUUUCUGAAGUACUCAGCAGAGAGGCUGAACAAAGCAAAUGGACCUACACGACCAUCCGCCUUGCAAAGAGCUUCACCCUCAUUCUGCAGAUUCAGAGACUGAAGAAUGCUUUCAAGGCCAGGGAGGGACAUCUGCUGAUAAAGCCCAGCAGGCCUCAGGCACUCGCAGAGCUCGUGCACUGCCCUCUCUUGCAUGUUCUGAAGAAGUCACUUCAGUUUUUGAAGCUUAAAUUAUUUACCCAGUUUCUAAAAUCUGCCUGAGACAUGCCUGCAAGUGACUAACUUUUGACUCAAACACAGCAACAAAACCAAAUUAAUUCAUUUGGACACUGUAAUUCAUGAAAUAAAACUGGGUAUUAUCAUUUGAGGAGCAAACUUAGGAGUAAGUUACAAAUAUGUUCUGUAAGGUCAGAAAGUUAGGUUGAAACACAAAAACUGUGAGUCUUUGAUCUCUGGCCUUGAACAACAUAUACAUUUGAGGAAAAGUUAAGAAAAUGGAUAUAAUUCUGAUCACUGUGCUGACAUCUUGAAAUAACAGUGUGAUGGAGAAAUAGGAAUUAAAAUUGUGGGUUUGUGUUUUAAGCUUGAUUACAGAUGUCUACCAGCCCUUGCCCAUUCAGGAGUCUACCAAUAAGACUGGCCAUUACAAAUACCCUUUAUUUCACGUUUUUUUACUGCCUUUACUUCUCACAAUCUCAACUGCAAAACAUUGUAGGCAGUCACAGCUGUGGUGCCAAGAGAAGCAGUUGGCUUUCCCUUUUCUGUUUCCUGAGCAAGUAUUUAUGUUUCCUGAGCAAUUAUCUGAGGUUGUUUGGCUCUGUGUCAAGAUUUGCUUUCACAGAAGGUGUUCCCUAAAUUUUAAUUCUUAAGGAUUUUGGUUUAUUUUAAAUAGAGAAAUGUAAGAAUUCAAAUUGUGAUUUUUUAAAAAAUGGAAAGUAGACCCAUAUCUAAAAAUAGGAAAAAUAUUGUCUUUUUCAAAGGUUCAUUAUCUAGAACUGCCUCUUUCAAAUUUUCAGGUAACCUAAGGAGACUCAGCCUGGAAAGGGUCAAUUCUUAAAAGCAUGGCUUAACCCUGGGCCCCCUUGCUUCUGUGGCAUUUUAAAAAUGUUUAUUAAAUGGUAUUGAUUCCCCUAAAAGGGUCUGAAAAUAAAUGUUCAGUCUUCAACA